UGAGAUAAAAGGAGUAAUUGUCACCAACUCAAUAUUUGAAGUUGUAAGAGGAUCGCAGGAGAUUGUUCACGCGAAGACUUAUUUUUUGACUGCGUAGUUAGCCGUCAUAGCCCUUUAUUUUAUGAAUGAAAUGUCCGACUCCGACCCACCUCCUCACUCCCUCGUUGCUCCCUCGCUAUUUCCGCUCACUACUCCGCUCAUGCGCUCGCCAGUCCCUUCUCUCCACAGCUCAGAAACUCCACUCCAUUAUUCUCACCACAGGCAUCGCCGUUUCCCCCAACACCUUCCUCCUCAACGCGCUCCUCCACGUGUAUGCUCGUUGCGGCUUUCCUCGCUAUGCAUGCCACCUGUUCAGCCAAAUUCCUCACUCCCACAAAGACACUGCCGAUUGGACCUCCCUCUUAACCUGUCUUACAAAACACGGUGCCACACCUGCACAUGGGUUAUCUUUGUUUAAAGAAAUGCGCAAAGAAGGCGUCGCCCUUGAUGAUGUAGCGAUGGUUUGCGUGUUUGGUUUGUGUGCACGUUUGGUGCAUUUAGAGAUGGGGAGGCAAGCGCAUGGAUGUCUGGUAAAAACGGGUUUAGGAUCUAGUAUUAAGACGUCUAAUGCGGUGAUAAAUAUGUACGUAAAAUGUGGAUUAAUGGGCGAGGCAAGAAGAGUUUUUAGUGAGAUGGAUGAGCAAAAUGUAGUUUCAUGGACUGUCUUGUUGGAGGGGGUCGUGAAUUGGGAGGGGGUGAAGAAUGGGAGAGUGGUGUUUGAUCAAAUGCCAGUGAGAAAUGAGGUUGGUUGGACUCUAAUGAUUGCGGGAUAUGUGGGGACUGGCUUUUGUAAAGAGGGGUUCUUUCUUCUAUCUCAAAUGGUUUUGGGUCUAAGAUUAGAGUUGAAUUAUGUAACGAUUUGUUCAAUUUUAUCGGCUUGUGCACAGUCGGGGGAUGUGAUGAUGGGGAGAUGGGUUCAUGUUUAUGCUUUGAAGUCAAUGGGAAGGGAGAUGGAUAUCAUGGUGGGCACGGCGUUGGUGGACAUGUACGCAAAGUGUGGUCGGAUAAACAUGGCUUAUGAUGUUUUCAAAUUCAUGCCAAAAAGGAAUGUGGUGGCAUGGAAUGCAAUUCUUGGUGGUUUGGCAAUGCAUGGAAAUGGUAAAAUUGUAUUGGAUAUAUUUCCCAAAAUGAUUCAAGAAGCUAAGCCAGAUGAUUUAACCUUUAUGGCUGUGCUAAGCGCUUGCAGCCACUCUGGUUUAGUUGAUGAAGGUCGCCGUUACUUUCAUAACCUUGAAUCUGAGUAUGGUAUAACCCCUAAAAUCGAGCACUAUGCCUGUAUUGUGGAUCUUCUGGGUCGAGCUGGUUGUUUAGAAGAAGCAGAGAUUUUGAUAAAGAAAAUGCCAAUGCCUCUGAAUGAGGUUGUUUUGGGAUCCCUUUUGGGUUCUUGCAAUGUCCACGGGAAGCUACAGCUUGGUGAGAAAAUUCUGCAGGAGCUGUCUGAGUUGGAUCCACACAAUAACGUGCAUCAUAUAUUGCUUUCAAAUAUGUAUGCUCUUGCAGGAAAGCAAGACAAGGCUAACUCCCUUCGACAAGUCCUCAAAAGCAAGGGAUUCAAAAAGGUGCCUGGAAUGAGCUAUAUUCACGUUAAUGGUCAAGUUCACCAGUUCAUCUCAGGGGAUAAAUUACACCCGGAAAUGCAGGAGAUUUACCUGAUGCUGGAGGAUAUGAUUCGAAGAUUGAGAUUGGCUGGUUAUGUCCCUAAUACUGCUUCACAAAUUUUCUCUGGUUGUGAUGGGAGCGAGAGUAACCCGGAGGAGAUGGAGGAGAAGGAACUGGCAUUAUUCUCCCACAGCGAGAAGUUGGCAGUCUGUUUUGGGCUCAUAAACACAAGACCUGGGUCGCCUCUAUAUAUAUUCAAGAAUCUACGCAUAUGCCAGGAUUGUCAUUCUGCUAUUAAAAUUGCUUCGGAUAUAUACAACAGAGAAAUAGUUGUGAGGGAUCGUAAUCGUUUUCAUUGUUUCAUGCGGGGUUCAUGUUCUUGUUCGGAUUAUUGGUGAACCCAGCUGUACCAUGUACAUAUAUAUAAACAGUUGCAAUUCAUGUUAACGUUCUUGCACCAGAUAAUAGAUCUUUUUCAAUUUUUCUCA